AUGGACUGGGACAAAAGAGUGGACUAUGAGCCAGGCACAGGCAGCAAGCAGCUGUUUCCCAAGAUGAAUCUGGAGACGUGUGGAGGGCUUCUCUCCUCAGUGAGGACCACGGUAGAGCUACAGACCAGCCAUAUUGGGAAGGGCUGCGACCGGGAGACAUACUCUGAGAAGUCCCUGCAGAAACUCUGUGGGGCCUCGUCGGGCAGCACAGACCUUCUCCCCGCCCCCAGCGUCUCCACCAAUUGGACGGCGUCCCUGGUGACGGACAGUGAGCGAGACAGCGACCUCAUCUUCCGGUUUGACGGGCGGCAAGCGGCGAAGAUUCCGGACCAGGUGGUACCACAGAACCUGACUGAUCAGUUCACCGUCGCCACGUGGAUGAAGCAUGGACCCAAUCCUGGACUGAGGGCGGAGAAAGAGACCCUGCUCUGCAACUCUGAUAAAACAGAGAUGAACAGACACCACUACUCCCUUUACGUCCAUAACUGUCGUCUGGUCUUCCUGCUCCGGAGAGACUUCAUCCAGGUGGACACCUUCAGACCUGCAGAGUUCCACUGGAAACUGGAUCAGAUCUGUGAUAAGGAGUGGCACUAUUACGUCAUUAACGUGGAGUUUCCUGUGGUGACACUCUACGUGGACGGAGUGACCUACGACCCUUACCUGGUGACAGACGAUUGGCCGAUCCACCCCUCUCAGAUUGAUGUACAGCUCACUGUGGGCGCCUGCUGGCAAGGUGGUGAGGUUACGAAGCCGCGGUUCACACAGUACUUCCGGGGCAGUCUGUCAGGGCUGACCAUCAGGCCAGGGAAGAUAGAGAGCCAGAAAGUCAUCUCCUGUCUACAGGCCUGUAAGGAAGGACUGGACAUCAACUCACUGGAGAGCCUGGGCAAGGGCAUCAAGUCUGUCACAGUUCGGUGUUUUGGGGAGGACACGUGUAUCUCCAUCCCGGACAUCGAUGCAGUGGUGAUGGUGCUGCAGCCCAGUGAACCCAGGAUCACCAUAGCUGGGGUGGACAGACUGACCAGGCCAGCAGCUGACCUCAGAGGACCAGCAGGACUCACUCUGUUCCAGGACCUUCACAUCAUCAGUACUGUCACCAAGGGAGACACAGCCUCACACCAUACAGCGGGCAGGCCGGGGGUCCAGGAGGAGAUCCUUCAUAACCUGGACUACUGUGACAUCCUGGUGCUGGGGGAGGAGCUGAGGCCGGAGCAGGAGAGUCUCCAGCUGCAGCGUAGCACCCUGCUGGGGAAACACCUGGACGCCACCAACUCCACCUCCGGCAUGUCUAUAUACGGUGUGGACUCCAUGUCCAACUAUGAGCAGGUGAUCAGGCAGGUGCAUUACUACAACUGGCACCCCACCCAGACCCCAGACAGGAAGUUCCGUCUCACCUGCUCUGAGCUAAACGGACGCUACACCAGCAAUGAGUUCACCCUGGAGAUCAGUGUACUCCACAAAUCAGAGGCUGGGGAGCAUGUCAAUCAAAUGGUAGCCCCGUCCCAGUACAUGCAAGUCGUUCCUCAUCUGGCCAUGGUCCACAGUCUAUACCCCACACACGGUCCAGGAGUCCCCAGUGCUGCCACAGUGGUGAUAGUGAUCUGUAUCGCCGCCCUGGUGGUGGUGGUUGUGCUAGGCAUCUACCGUAUUCACCUGACACACCAACAGGAGGGCAGGAGCUCAGACACAACCAAAGAGCGAGAGCUGGACUGGGACGACUCAGCGCUCAAAAUCACAGUCAAUCCUAUGGAGAGCUUCCAGGAGCCCCAGGGAGCUGAGGAAGAGGCCAGCGAGGAGGACGAGGAAGAGGAUGAUGAAGAGGAAGACGAUGACAUCACCAGCGCCGAGUCAAACGACAGCGAGGAGGAGGAGGAGGUCCCAGGAGCUCUCAGUGUAAAACAGGGCAGCAAGAGGGGCCAGCUGGACUGGGACAACUCUACAUUAACCUACUGA